CGACGGCGGAAGCCCCGCCCACUCCGACGGCGGAAGUCCGGUCCUCCGCUUCUCAGGGGUUCCUCGUGCGUUCCACCGCCGGCAUGGCGCAUUACAACUUCAAGAAGAUUACGGUGGUGCCGUCUGCCAAGGACUUUAUUGACCUGACAUUAUCCAAGACUCAACGAAAGACUCCAACAGUUAUUCAUAAACAUUAUCAGAUUCAUCGAAUUCGACAUUUUUAUAUGAGAAAAGUCAAAUUUACUCAGCAGAAUUACCAUGACAGACUGUCACAGAUUCUGUCAGAUUUCCCCAAGUUGGAUGAUAUCCAUCCAUUUUAUGCUGACCUGAUGAAUAUUCUCUAUGACAAGGAUCACUACAAGUUGGCUCUAGGUCAAAUAAAUAUUGCCAAAAACUUGGUGGACAAUGUUGCUAAAGAUUAUGUGCGACUGAUGAAAUAUGGUGAUUCUCUGUACCGAUGCAAGCAGCUGAAGCGUGCUGCCCUUGGACGAAUGUGUACUAUCAUCAAGAGACAGAGGCAGAGUUUGGAGUAUUUGGAACAAGUACGUCAACAUUUAUCCCGCUUGCCAACCAUUGAUCCGAAUACAAGGACUCUGCUUUUGUGUGGGUAUCCAAAUGUUGGGAAAUCCAGCUUCAUCAAUAAGGUGACAAGAGCAGAUGUGGAUGUUCAGCCCUAUGCAUUUACCACCAAAUCUCUGUUUGUUGGGCACAUGGAUUAUAAGUAUCUGCGGUGGCAGGUUGUAGAUACCCCAGGGAUUUUGGAUCAUCCUUUGGAGGAUCGGAACACCAUUGAGAUGCAGGCCAUCACAGCCCUGGCCCACCUCCGAGCUGCAGUUCUGUAUGUGAUGGAUUUGUCUGAGCAGUGUGGACAUGGGUUGAAGGAGCAAUUAGAACUCUUCCAGAAUAUCAGACCUCUGUUUAUCAAUAAGCCUCUUAUUGUUGUAGCAAACAAAUGUGAUGUGAAGAGAAUAGCCGAACUUUCUGAAGAAGAUCAGAAAAUAUUUCUAGACUUGCAGACUGAAGGAUUCCUUGUCAUUGAGACCAGUACCCUGACUGAGGAAGGUGUCAUUCAAGUUAAAACAGAGGCUUGUGAUAGGCUUUUGGCUCAUCGAGUAGAAACGAAAAUGAAAGGAAAUAAAGUGAAUGAGGUUCUGAACAGAUUGCACUUAGCCGUGCCAAACAAGAGAGAUGAUAAGGAGAGACCCCCUUUCAUCCCAGAAGGAGUGAUAGCUCGAAGGAAGAGAAUGGAGAUUGCAGAACCCAAGAAGAAGAGGGAACGAGAUCUUGAGCUGGAAAUGGGAGAUGAUUAUAUUUUGGAUCUUCAGAAAUACUGGGACUUAAUGAAUUCAUCUGAGAAAUAUGAUAAGAUACCAGAGAUUUGGGAAGGCCACAAUGUUGCUGAUUAUAUUGAUCCUGCUAUCAUGAAGAAAUUAGAAGAGUUGGAAAAGGAAGAAGAGCUAAGAACAGCUGCUGGGGAGUAUGACAGUGACUCUGAGAGUGACGAUGAGGAAAUGGUGGAAAUCCGACAGCUGGCGAAACAAAUUCGAGAAAAGAAGAAGUUGAAAAUUCUACAGUCCAAAGAAAAGAAUACCCAGGGACCCAGGAUGCCCCGAACUGCUAAGAAGGUUCAACGGGCAGACUUAGAGAAUGAGAUGCGUAGUCUUGGUGUGGACAUGGAUGAUAAAGACAAUGCCCACUAUGCAGUCCAGGCAAGAAGAUCUCGAAGUGUCACUAGGAAAAGAAAACGAGAAGAAUCUGUUCCACCCUCUUCCAUAGCCCGGAGUCAGAGUCGGAGUUGCUCUAAAACUCCACGAGAUGUUUCUGGUCUUCGGGAUGUCAAGAUGGUGAAGAAAGCCAAGACUAUGAUGAAGAAAGCUCAGAAGAAGAUGAAUCGCUUGGGGAAGAAAGGGGAAGCAGAUAGACAUGUGUUUGAUAUGAAGCCCAAGCACUUACUCUCUGGGAAGAGGAAAGCUGGCAAAAAAGACAGGAGAUAGUGUCCUCUUCAGUUGGAAUAGUUUAAUUAGACUCUUAAUUAUUUCUGGGUGUGCUAUAGUGUGUUUUAUAGAAUUUGGAAUCACCAUCUGUUAACCAAAAGAAACAAUGGAAAUGACUUUUAAAUGCUUGUUGCUUUGCUGAAAACUGGUAAAGCCAACUAAGCGUGCAGCGCUGUGGUUGCUGAGCAGUUUCGGAUGUCUAUGCACAGAACGAGCUGUACUUGAGACACACCUCUCUCACAGCCGCGGGACUCAUAUUGCAGAAAAGAUUUAUUAGUGUAAGGAAGCUGCUUUGGUUGGGGGAAAACUGUUUUGUAGUGGGACUUUUGUCACCCACAGUACCUAUUUUUGUUAAAGUACCCUCCUUUGGGAGGCCUAAGCAGAAGGCUAUACCCCACAUUUAGGAGUGCGUCAGAACUUAAAUUACUUUCUUAAAUUAUUUUCUAAACCUGUAGUACAAUGUAUCAUUGUAACUUCAACUAUUUUAUCCAAAGUAAACAUUCAGCUAAAACAUAGUUUUGAUUAUUUACAUUUUGUUUGAUUUAAUUGCAAGUCACUUGAUCGCCAAAAGGAGGGGACGGAGAAUAGGACUUUGCUUUUUUGUUCUUAGAGCAAAAAUAUUUUUUUAAAGGAAAUAAGUGCCUGGGGUAUAGGCUCAAAACCAAAAAAAGUCUUCUUUCAUAAACAAUUGCCAAAUUAAGAUUGGUGUCCUAGAAAGUACAGAAACAUGUAUGAGAGGGAUGCCAGUGAGGCUGGAACUACAGCCCUGUCACAGAUUAGAAGACAAUCACCAGACUGUCAGUGCUUCCUGUCAGAGCGUUACCCAGUAACGUACACACGUAUUACAUACUAUUGAGACUUCUUUUUUUAAAUUGGUUUUUUACUGUGCUUUAGUUCUCUGGUGAAAUUUGAUGUCUUGAUCUAUUUUUUAAUGUCUACAUGAGUAAAGUUUAUAAUCAUUGGUAUGCCUAGUAACUUGAUUAAAUCAUAGAAUAUUCAUGUGACAUAGUAGAAGUCUUAGACAAAGCUUUUUUUUCUUAACAGAACUUACAUUUAUUCAAAUUUCUGAGACAUUAGUGAGAAAGGGUAGAGAGACUGGAAAAAUUAAUGAGAGGAGAAAAACAAGACUUAGCUAGAGUUUGUAUUUCCUGAUGGCAGAAGUCAGGAAAACUCAACAGAAAUUAUGAAACCAAGGUUGUUGACAUACAUAAUAACAGGUUUUUCUAAAGACAUCUCAAACAGUGCUGCUCAAAACAAAAGAGUGAAGCAUAUUUAGGCACAGAAUGUUUGUGACCUUGAGCUUAACUGUUGGGGAUCUGUUCUCAUUGCUGUUAGAACUAGAACUGGCUAUGAAUGCUAGCUUGGGAGGUAGGCACUGGGCUACCUCUCUGCCUACCAGGUCCUUUAGCAGUGCUGGUUACUAGCGGGAGAAGCUGGAAUGUGUGUUCUCCCUCUAGAGGGAGAGACGCUAAAUAAUCUUUAAACAAGAAAAGUGUUAGAGGACUCAUUCUGAUUGUAAGCAUAUACUACAAAGUAAUAGUAAUAGCCUUGUGAUACUGUCAUAAAGACAGUCAUAUAGAUUAUUGGAACAAAGUAGCACACUCAGAAAUAAUUAACAGUGUACCUAAACAGUGUACCAGAAUUAACAGUGGGGAAAGGACUGUUUCUCCAGCAGCCAUGUUGGGAAAUGUUAACAUAUAUGUCCAAAAGUCAGACUGUAUCUUACACCACAUUAGAAACUUUUAAAAGCCUAAGACUCCCAAACUACACACCUUUCAAGAAAGCAGUAAAACCAUCAUAACAUUGGAUUCAACAAUUUCUUGGCUAUGACAACAUAGUUAUAGGCACUAAAGGACUUUAUAACUAAAGUACAUAAGUAGGACUACAUCGGAACUCUUCGGUAUCAAAGGAGACUACACACAGAAUGGGAGAGGAGGUUUGCAAGUGGCAUGUAACACGAGUAUGAGUAAUACAUGGUUUGUAAAAUUGAACCCUGACCAACUCAAAUAUUGGCUAGUGUCUUGAAUAUAUAUAUUUCUCCAAACAAGAUAGUCAAAUGUUCAAAUAGCUACAGGGAAGCCUUUUCAGGUUCACCUAAUCAUUAGGGAAAUAAAAACCAGUGAGAAACCGCUUCUGCACACCAUCAAGAUGGCCAGAUCGAACAAUAGCCAAGAAGGGGGAAGCAUGGAAAGCCACCCUCCCUUGUCCUUCCCUCAUGUUCGUCAGUACAGUGUUUACCUAACAUGUAACAUGCAUGGGGAUAGACAGUCACAGGUGGCCAUGAGAAACCUCAUCAUGCCUUGCUGUUUAUCCUGCUGGUACUUAAGUGAUCAAUCCUUCCUUGCUUGAGAAAAAUAAAUGGUUAGUAACCACUAAUAAAGUGAUCUGAAAUUA